AUGGCUGCUCGCGUCAUCUCUCCCCGGGUGUGGGCCCUGGUGUGCCUGGCGGCCGUGGCGACGCUGUCGCCGGCGUCGCCGGUGCCGCCGCGCGUGCUGCAGAGCGCCACCAACCUGGCGGUGGUGCCGCGGGGGGCGCUGCCGGCCAACCUGACGGUGCUGUCGGUGGCGCUGCUGCCGGACCCGGCGGCCGCCAACGUGACGGUGCUGCCGCUGGCGCCGCCCACGCUCGACGCACUGCCACCCGGCGCCGUCUCGCUGGCCGAGCAGCUGCCGCUGCCCGAGAAGCCAGACCUGCCGGAGUCCGCCGCCCCCGGAGACGCGUACGUGCUGUCGCAUGUCAUCAUCGAAGUCGGAGUCUUGGACGAUGACAAUUCCACGGACAAUGGGACGGUCGACUAUGACGAUGCUUUAUUGGAUCCUAAGGCAGAUCCGAUCCAAGAAAAGCAAUACGAAGCGCUCAAAGUAGAACCGAAUGAAAACAGUAAUAAACAUGAAACUAGCAACGCCGACAACAAGGAGGGUGACGUGAAGAAACAGGACAAGGAAGAGGAUGGGAAGAACUGUGAAGACGAGACAGACAAAGGAGACGGUGAUAAGAAAGAAAAGAGUAGUGCAAGUGGCGAGAGUGAGAAGAAAGAAGAGGAGAAGCCAGAGCCUAGCAAAAGCGAAUCGACUGUAAGCGACAGCGGCAAGGAAGAGAAUACCGAGGGACCUAGUAAGGGUGAUGCAGCCAAGGCGGGAAGCAGCAAGGAAGGAAAGGAAGAAAAGGCUGCAGCCACGAGAGAAGGGAAGGCCGCCGAUGUUGUGAGUGGCAAAGAGAAGUCAGCAGCAGCCGCUGGCAGCGAGAAGGAAGCUGAAAGCCAAACAGCUGAAGGCGCGGAAGAAAAGGCUGCAGCUCCUAGCGAAGCGAAGGCAGCCGAUAGUAAGAGUGAGAAAGAGAAGACGGCAGCGGCUGCUAGCGGCAACAAGACAACUAAAAGCCAGAGCCAGACAGCUGAAGGCGACAGCGCCAGCGGAGAAGCACAAGCCAAGACCGAAACCCCGUAGCGCCGUCCGAGUCUCGCCGGAGGCGCAAUGGCGGUAACCUAGCAACCAGAAGCUGCUGCCAACCCCUCCGCGCAACGCCUACACCGAAUCCGACGACUCUCAGUUCCCUCACCGGACUCGCACACGCCACUGGAAAGUUUCUAACAAAGGAUUCACCAAAGUGAUUCACACGAUCAACGUGAGAGACUUACAGGAAGCGUGGAGGAAAGA